UCAACACAUUUCUUCUUUCUUACGUCUUCUAUACAUUUAUAUAUGUAUAUAUAUAUAUUAAAACAUAUUCGUAAAUAUAUAAACGUCGCGUCGGUUAUUUAUCACGAACGUGAUCUUUCGUCUAUCCAAUAAAAAGUGUUAUACAAGAAACGAGAAGUUCAUUUAUUUUGUGUAUACCUGGGCAUACCUUUUUUUUACCCGUUGUUUACUAUACAAAUUGAUAUCUUUGUGUCUUGACGUUUACGAGAAACGUACGUGAAAUCACUUCUUAAGAGAAAGAGAAGUGUCAUUGUUUCUAAAGGAAACAGAUAAAAGAAAGAAAGAAGAGGAAGCAGAAUCGUAACUCGUCAAAGAUCGCCCUGCGAUCUUCGACGAGCGCGAAACUCUGCGAAUCCUGGAGCUUGGAAAUAACAGACGAGGAGGGAAGAAGGAGUACCUCUUCAAUUAGAUCUAUUACUUACGAAUCGUUUAUCCAGCACGCCAUUAACGCCUCGCCGGAUACCGCUACCCGUACAUAUGGUGCAGACAGGAAUGGCUGCGCCGUACGGUGGGGGUGUCUUCCCACCACCGGUAAACGGUGUCGCGGGUGUCGUGGGGGCAGCCGGAGCUGCAGGCGAGGUUAAACCACCUCCGCCGGUCCCGGUUAAGGAAGAUAACAGCGGAGCCGGUCAACAGGCUCCUCAAAGUGGGGCCCAAGUAGCAGCCCCAACGAGUGGACCGCAUCCUUCGGCACCAGGGCAACAAACAGCAGCCAGUUUUAGUCCACCUCCGCCACCUAAUGGCGUCGAUCAGCAAGCCAUUUCGGAGGUCUUUCAGGCGGCAGUGGCUGCAGCGGCCGCCGCCGCGGCCAACAGUGGUGGACAACAAACUUCUGCAACUCAAGGAGGAAACGAAACAAGCCCGGAAGGAACAGUCGAAGCUGGUUCUCUUGUGCCAGUUACUUCCGGUGCGACGACCCCAGCUACUGUAACGCAAUCCACGGAUUUGAAGGGGCAACCUAAACGGCUCCACGUCAGCAAUAUACCCUUCCGUUUUCGAGACCCCGAUUUAAGGGCGAUGUUCGGGCAAUUCGGCCCGAUCCUCGACGUGGAAAUCAUUUUUAACGAGAGAGGAAGCAAGGGAUUCGGUUUUGUAACAUUCGCAAAUAGUGCUGACGCGGACCGGGCACGUGAGAGGCUACACGGCACCGUGGUUGAGGGCAGAAAGAUUGAGGUGAACAAUGCAACGGCGAGAGUGCAGACGAAAAAACCACCGACGGUACCCAACGUUUGCGUUCAAUGGCCAGAGGGAUACAGGUUGCCGGCGAUGCCGUGGAGCUGGCUGGGUGCGGCGGCGCCAUCGGCAGCCGCGGCUGCAGCCGUUGCAGCAGCCGCGGUCACCCCAUCCCCCGCAGCUGCACCCCUCGUCCUUACACCGAGGGCGGCAGCGAGACGAAGCUGCAGCAUUAAGAGGAGUGGCAAUCCAAAGGGGAAGAGUUGGAGCGGCAAGGGCAGCUUUCCCGAGCAGUGCGGCGGCGUUGGCGUUGGCCAGAAACCCAGGGCCGCUCGCAGCAGCAGCCGCUGCAACGGCCCUUCAUCCCUUUGCGCCUGCCGUCUACUACGACCCCUUCUUGGCAGCACACGCAGCGACACAGGACCCCAAUUACAGGCUACAGUUGGAAUGGCCACAAGCUACAGCCGAAGCAGCUGCAGCGGCGGCCGCAGCAUCGCCAUUGCUAAAGACGCCACUCUCGACGGCACAGCAAGCGAGUUAUGCAGCUGCAGCAACCUACACGGCGGUGGCUGCGCGCGCAUACGGCGCAGCUGCAGCAGCAGCACAACCGGUCGCAGGAUAUGCCGCAGUCGCGGGUUAUGGACGAGAAUAUCCCGACCCUUAUCUCGGACACGGCAUUGGUCCAGUCGCAGGAUACGGGGCAACGGUCUAUAGAGGCGGAUACAACAGAUUUACGCCUUAUUAAAUAAGAGCUUAGAAAGAGAGAGAGAGAGAAAGAGAAAGAGAGAGAAAGAGAGCUUAGAAAAAGGGUCGGCAAAAAACAUGAGCAGAAAAGCGACAAUAACAACGUAGUCGCCAAUAACACAAUCGCAAUACAACGGCAGAGCGGAUACAUGUUCGCGCACACGCAUAUGCAACUACCUACACGGAGGCGACACAUUUAACAUUUACACGCAAAAGAAGCAUAAAGGAAAGAAGCGCUAGCGACGUCUGGACCCUUCGCGCCUGCCAACGUUCGAGAACAGCUGUCCUCCCUCGUUCCACCACCAUCAACGACGCGUCCUCCCCGAUCGCUUGACCAAAUCAUCCCACGCUCUUUUUGUCCUCGAACAUUUACGUCUUUUAAAUCAUUAAUAAGAAAGAGAGAAAGAGAGAGAAAGAGAGAGAGAAAGAGAGAGAGAGAGAGAGAGACCUUUCCCCUCUUUCUUAUUCAAAUUUAUUUAUCAAAAGCAGUCUGGAAAAAAAAAGCUAAAGAAAGAAAGCAUAAACAUUCUACUGAAUGGUUGCGGAUGAAAAACACCUAUCUCUCUUAGAAAAGUGAUAUUCGCGUUAUUUUGAUAAAAAAAUGCGCGACUGAACAACGAAGAAUACACAGCAGCCGCCGGACGUUGCACUGGAUUUUUUCAACGACGGGGUCUAGUCAGAUACUCUCUCUCUUAUCGGUUCCUAAUCGAAGCACCACCGAUUUUUAAACAUCGCAAACGUUUUCAACGUCGAAUUCAAAAUAAUAGAUGACACCUAACUCUGAUUCUUUAUAAUGAAGAAUUUAGAUUUGAAAACGUAUUCAAUACUCUGGCAAGGCGAACCGAAGGACUCGCUACCGCGUAUGCCUAAUAUAUUAUGUCCCUUCGAAAUAUUCGUUCGCCUUUCCAUUUUUUUUUCUUCUUCUUCUUCUUCUUCUUUUUGUUUUUAUUCUUUUUCUUUUUCUUUUUUUUUCCCCCUCUUUAUCCCUUUACAUUGUAUUCUAGAAACGAUAGAAAUUAAGUCGAUAAACCAAAUCGAAACGUACGUUUCUUGUGCAAAUGUAGCUUAACACGUUUACGUUCAGUUUCUAAGGCACUUGCUAUUUUUAUUAUUAUUAUUAUUAUUAUUAAUAUUUUAUUAUAUUAUUUUAUCAUUCUAUUACUAUUAACGAUAUUACAUCGCGCGAAAGAUCUUUUAUUGAGAAGAAAAGAAAGCAAGAAAGAAAAAUAGUGGUCACAGGCUCUCGUUAACGAGAGAACACAUACGCGCAUUAAUCGCUACCAAGUUUUAACAUUGAUGAAAGAAAUGUGUUUGUGGCUUAACUAUAUCGUGCCGACAAUCGUCCUUGUAUUUUUCAAAGAUCGAUCUGUCGAAUAAUCGGGGAAACGGGAAAAGAAGGAAAAGUCUCGAUGCCGACGAACAAUUUGUGUAUCUUUGUUUCGCGUAUUUCAAAUAAACGUAUAAAACGUUUAUAAUAUCAUUAUGUAUAUUUUUGAUACGUCGUUCUUUAUAUACUCACGCGCCGUGAUAGCGUACAAUUAAUUAUUUGUGAAUUUUUAUAGAAAGAUUUUGGUAUUAAGCUUUGCAUAUAAUUGUUUUAAUUGAAUAUCUUAGUAAUGAUAACAAACGGGGACGUAGAAAAAAAUUGGGUCCUUAGUUAGUUUUUUUGCUGAAAACAAUUUGUCUCGAGAAACGCGUAUUUCUCAAGAAAAAUAUAAAUCAUUGAAAGAUUCGUAAUUCCUUGCUCUCGCUUCUUCCGGUUAUAGUUAAAAGAAUUAAAUAGAUAUCACGGAAGAGGAAUAACAAAAUCGAAUUUACACUUUUCCAUCGAAAAAUGUGAAUUAUAAAUCGAAAUGAAAAUUGAACGCACAUUGAGACGAGUGAGAGUGAUAUAUAUAUAUAUAUUACCCUACACCCUUAUCUUUUAAGUUACAAUAUUAGCGCGCGAGGAUUAAUCUAAAUAUUAUACGUAAGCGAAUAAGACAUUUCUUACGAUAGAAUAAAUAGAAGGAAAUAAGGAAAUCGUUGCGCGCGCAAGAUUUACGCUCCUAAAUAGUAAACGAUAUAAAUGGAAGAGGGAGAAAGGGGAUGAUGAACAGGCAAUAUGAAAAAUGCGAGGAAUAUACACGAUAGUAGCCAAAUAUGACGAAAGAUUUAUUUUUACCUAUCUAACGGCUAGAAUAACCGUUAUUUUAUCGUUUACUUUAUACAUCUCCCUAGAAUAUUAGAAUAAGAUUACCAAUGCAUAGCUCUCUUUCUUUCUCUCUCUAUCUCUCUAUCUCUCUCUAUCUCUAUCUCUAUCUCUCGAGACUUUUCCAAAUGGACUAAUGUAAGAAAAAGAAAAAAAGAGGUCUUUUUGCUUGCGUGUGCAUGGCUGCCAGUUAUAUAAAUGUGUAAAUAGAGAACGAUCGAUCGUCGAGCACAAAGAGCGUAGCCGAAGAGGAUUCAAGAUAUACUCAUAAUUUUCUUUUAAGCGUUAAGAUUGAUGAUGGAUCGUUAGAUCCUAACACAAUAUCCAACAAAUAUGAAAAUGUCUAAAUGAGGUAAUCUUAAUUGCUACGUGAUUAAAGUUACGAUUAGGAUUAGAAAAUACGAUUACGAUUACGAUUAACUUUAUUCAACCAAGAAGAAGAUAGCUCGAAAAAUGGCUAUUAUUAAAGUCGAUAAUUCAUUCUUUUCUUUAAUGAGAAAAAGAAGAAUUGAACAAAAAAUAAAUAGAACCACUAUAGUAUUUAGAAGAAGAGUUCAUUAAUCCCAUUGAAAAUAUUGAACAUUUCAAAGAAUGCGUCUCGAAUGAACGAAUUGCUUUCAGAAUUAAUUCUAUGUAAUGUAAACUGUGACUAAAAUUUAUACUUAACUCGUAAUCGAUAUCUUUAUCUGUAGGCUAUCAUCACUAUAAAAUAGUUACUAGAAAUUAAGUCAAGCUCAAAUUAAGGAAAAAGCGCGUCACAACUGCACAAUUAUAUAUUUCGUUCUUCUCUUCUCUUUCUUCUUAACCUUUGACUUUUGUCUUUUAGUGAAAACAAAAACAAAGAAAAAAAAAACCGUGUAAAGACAAUUUUAAAUACCAGGAGGGUUUUUUUCAUUUGACUCUUAGUCGAUUAUACCUUAGAAAAAAUCAUCGAGUGUACCGAAAGGAAAAGAAGAAAAAAAUUAUCCAAACAUAAUUGUAAUAAAAUAAUUAAGAAAGAAACGUGAAUUAAAAGCACUGAAUAUCUAAAUUCAUUUCAUGAUUUCUCGCGUGUCGGCGGCUUUCUAUCAGAUUAGUUAUUACAAAAAUGCAAAAACAAAACGAAAUGGGGAAAAAAAAGGAUGGAAGAACAAAAAAUCAAGAGAUAAGCGAGCAGAAUAGAACGUUAUUCAAUGAUACGCACCGUAUGUUAUACGUAUAAAUCUUACAACUAGCGAUAUAAAACAUUAAUUAACAUUAAAGGAAAUUUUUAAUGAAAUUUAGAUGAAUACAUGACGUAAUGACACAUCUAACGAGCAACAUAUCCUAGCGUAUUAGGCAGGGCGUAAACCGAGAUCUCUCUGUGCUUUUUACCGUCUUAAAAUUAGUUAUACGAGAGAAUCGACGUUGCGUCAGGAGGCAAAGAAAGGACAACAAGUAUAACACGUGUAACACUCAUACAAACUCAUUCACCCGUAAUACUCGAAAGGAGUUGGAAUCGUUGUCUCGAAAUAAAAGUAACAACAACUCCUUGCGAUAAGAUGAAAGAAAAAAAAAAUAAAAUUUAAAAAAACAUAUAUAUAUAUACAUAUAUAUAUAUAUAGAUACACAUACAAAUAGAUAGCGUAAAAGCAACAAUAUAAAGUAAAGGAAACAUGGGCCGAGCAACAAGGACAAAUUCCAACGCUCUUUAUAAUGAAUCUUGACAAAAGUCGCGUGCCCAUUUUUGAAUAAUUGCAAAAGAAAAUGUUAGAAAAAAAAAAAAAAAAAAAUAAAAAUAAAAAUAUGUAAUACGAGGAAAAAGAAUGUUCCAUGACAUUAAAGCGUUGAUGGCACAACAAUGAUUAUUACCUACAUUUAGGUCAAAGAUUUGCGUGCGUGCGUGCGUACGUGUGUUAAGUGAAUGAAUGUAAAAAGUUUAUCGUGUGUGUGUGUGUGUGUGUGUGUGUGUGUGUGCGUGCGCAAGAGAGCGUAAUAACGCGUAUAAGUAAAAUGAGAAAACGCAUCUCGUGUACCUCUUCGAAUCAAGAACACUUUUUUUCUUCUCGUUUUAAAAACUUUAUAUUCUGAAUUAUUAAUAAUGUUAUCAUUAAUUAAAUUGUAAUGUGUGAAAGUAAAUGGAAAGGAACAGGCGGAAAAAAAGAAAGAAAAGAAAAAAAAAACUCUUCAGCAAACGCAGAAAAUAAAAAGCACGAGCGAACAAUUUAGACGAGCGAUACCUGUCAA